UUUAAAUCCGUAGAUACUACAAUCCACAAAAUUCCUAAUCUUAUAAUAAAAAUAAUAAAAACGACCCUAUAAAGGAGGUAGGAAAAUACCAAAAACGUAGACCAGAAUUUAGAUCGUGUAAGAGAGUCUAAUACUAACAAUAUUUUAAAUGGGGUCGGUCACACUAGAAGUCUUAUUAAAUUAAAUUAUAUAUUAAUUCGAAUGAAAAAUCCUCUUACUUAGGCGAAAACAAAACAAAGUGGCUUAGAGUUUAUUGUUUUAUACACAUACAGUUUUUAGAAUAUAUAAAUUUGCCUAUGCCUUGCCCACAAAACUAAAUUAGUAUGGCUGCUCCGAACUGCUUUGUAAAAUUUUUGCUGCUGGUGUGGAAAAACUUUUCAAUGCUACCCGGUCGAAAAUGCUACAUGAUCAGCCUCUUCAUUUUCUUUGUCCUCCUGCCUAUGUUAUGUAUGUGUCUUAGGCUUAUACCGGACUUAAGGACUCAAUCAGCCAUACCUGGACCAAUUCCCACAGUUGCGCUUCUCAACAAUUUUCCGGAAAACAUUUAUUACUCACCUAAAACUCAAUUACUCAGGACGUUUAUGGGUGAAUUAAAAAUAAAUAAAACCACAGCCUUUAAAAGUCCGGAAAAACUCCAUGAAGCGUUGGUCGGUUUUCCUUAUGACAACAGUAGUGUGAUUGGUAUUGAAUUUAACGGCAGCUGGACCGAAUGGCCAGAUAAGUUAUCUUUCGCACUCCGUGCUCCUAUACGAUCUGUGUUGGAUGUUAAUGACAUGUUCUUGAUGGCAGGAUCUCCAUUGUAUUUAACCUCAUUUUUAAGCGUUCAGCAGGCAUUGAGCCAAGCGCACAUAAUGCACAAGUGCAAGCAAUUGAACAAGUGUCAGGGGAAUAUGACGUUUCCAGAAUUUAAGGAUCUUCCCACGCCACCAAUUUAUGGAACAGAGUACUCAAUUGCCUUGCGUGCUGUGGCCCAACUUCUUAUUCAAAUCAUAAUAUUUUUCGUGGUCAUCAGUUUGACAAAGUCUAUUGUCGAGGAAAAGGAGCUCCAACUCAAGGAGACACUGAACCUAUUGGGAGUUGGUUCCAGUUUGCAGUGGCUGGCAUGGUACGUCCAGAGCUUCAUAGUGCUCUUGUUUGGAUCGGCGAUAAUAACGCUCUUCUGGAAAAUCGUCCUGCCGAAGGCGGACACAUCUUUUGUGCCCAAUACACAUUGGUCGGUAAUCCUGUUCAUACUGCUCAUCCUCAGCCAUUGUAUGAUCUGCUUUAGCUUUCUGAUGAGCAGCCUUAUAAGCACCACCCGUCACAUCUCCCUUAUCACUAUCCUUUCCUUGUUUGCCACUGAAAUUCCCCUUUGGGUCCUGUUAUCCAAUAGUUCUAAGGAGGCAGUGAGCGCAUUCUGCAGCCUUUUCAUUUUGUCCGGUUUGGGUUUAUUGAAAGCAUCAUUGAGUUCUUGGGAGGCCUAUGGCGUGGGCCUUCAGUGGGGUAAUUUCUUCAAGCACUCGUGGCCAGGCGACACGAUCUGCAUGGGAUAUAUCCUGCUGUUUAUGCUUCUGGCCAGUCUGCUGUCCGUCCUAAUCUGUCUGUAUGUGGAAAAGAUCCGGCCAGGUCCUUAUGGGGUAUCUCGACCCUGGCAUUUCCUCUGCACAUGCUGCUGUCCCGCCGAAAAUCUCGUGCCCUAUAAGCGGCUCUUCUACAGGAUGUUCGGCAUGUAUGCAACGUCUCCAGAUGUCGAACGUCCCGAUCUUAAGCUCAUCGAGGCAGAUCCGGAGGGUAAGAAAGCUGGCGUUCAGAUCAGAGGUCUCAGCAAGACCUUUGGCAAGAGGGAGGCAGUGAAACCUCUGAGUUUUGACAUUUUCGAGGACCAGAUCACGGUGCUAAUGGGUCACAAUGGUGCGGGCAAGACGACGCUGAUCAGCAUGCUGGCUGGAUUUAUUUCGCCCACUUCUGGAACGGCUCUGGUAAAUGGCUAUGACAUCCGAAGGGAGCGCAGCAAGGCCCGCAGAUGCAUUGGUCUGUGUCCGCAGCACAAUUCCCUUUUCAAGCACUUGAGCCCGACCAACCACAUCUGGUUCUUCAGCCGGCUUCGGGGAGUCAAAGGAGCGGAUGUCAAGGCGGAGGUGGAGAAGUAUCUGGAGAAGCUAAACCUUCAGCACCGGAGGAAGACGGCUGCCCGGAAUCUCUCCGGCGGAACCCAGCGAAGGCUGAGCGUGGCCUGUUCGCUCUGCGGUGGUGUUAAGGUGCUCAUCUGUGAUGAACCCAGUACCGGCUUGGAUCCCGGCGCCCGGCGGGAGCUGUGGAAACUCAUACUGGAGGCAAAGGAGGGCUGCACUAUCCUGCUGACCACCCACCAUUUGGACGAAGGGGAGGUCCUGGGCGAUCGCAUUGUGAUCAUUAGCGAUGGUCGACUGCGUUGCAUUGGAUCACUGCAGUUCCUCAAGAAAAUGGUGGAUGCCACCUGCCUUCUUACCUGUGAAACCAGAAAACGAUGUGAAGUGGAUAAGCUGUCGGCUUUAAUAGCCCGUCAUGUGGGUGAAAUCAGACCAUUCAGCAUCAAAGGUCGAGAUGUUUGCUACAAGCUGCCGCUCAGCAAGUCGAAGUCAUUUUCCGCUUUAUUCCGCGACUUGGAGAACCAGAUGAAGGAGUUAGGUGUUCGGGGAUUCGGCAUGAGCUCCGUGAGUCUGGAGGAGAUUUUCAUGACAUUCGGGGCGGAGGACUUUGACUCUCGGAAGACUGGAGGUGCUGAGAAAAAAGACAAUGAGGACGACGACGACGAUAUUGAUGACGAGGAUGAGGAUCAGGAGGAAAAUGAGCGCAACUGUGGAAGGCACUGGAUGGCGAUGAUGGUCAAGAAGUGCCUGUCUCUCUAUGACAAUAAGGUAUACUUCCUGCUGCUUUGGUCGCUUCCUAUUAUUUACUACUUGACGACGCUUUUGAAGGAUAGGAAUCCGGAGGAUUUUGGCAGACUGUUCGUGAAUGUGGCCGACUACGGAGGCGACCAGGCUACCAUUUUGGUCUCCGAACAUAUAAACAAAUCAUUUGUGGGAAUACGACCUUCGAAUCAUAUUGCGAGUUUGAUCGGGAAAGACAUCAAAUUGAAGGUAAUAUCCGAACCAAUUGAGGAAUACAUGGAGAGAGCCUCGAAGACGAAUGAGGGACUGAGAGAGAUUACCUUUAUGCCAAUGGCAGUCGGCAUAGAGACCAAAAUUAUCGGAUGGGUCGGUCCCAGACAUUAUAUUCAUGCAGCGCCUAUGGCCGUUAAUCUUAUAUACAAUCUCAUGGCCUUUGAACACCUGGGAGCAGAUAUCACCAUAGAGGUAACAAGCGUGCCAUUUAAGAAGCGCCUCAAAACCGAUUUAAUAUCCGUCGACACUUCAUCAAUACCUAUAUACGUCCUAUGCUAUGUGAUCAUUGCAAUGAUCCUGUUCGCGAGCGCGAUUAUCCAGGAGAGAGUGUCGCACAUGAAGAUGCAGCAGGAGGUGUCCGGCCUGGGCAUGAUCACAUACUGGCUGAGUCACCUCCUCUUCGACAUGGUGAUCUUUCUGAUCCUGGCGCUGGCCCUCUUGCUUCCACUCUAUAAAUAUGCACCAUGGGAUAAGUUGCUAUUCGUGCUCUUUUGCACCGGACUGGCGGGUCUGAUAUUCACAUACUUCUUGACACUGGCGAUUUCGGCCACAUUUUUAGCCAUAUCUUUGAUCCUUCUGGCGGCUUACAUAGCAAUAUUCGCUCUUAUAAUACUUGGAGGACUGGCCCUGAAAUUUAAUCUCUUAUAUGUAAUAAUUUAUAUUGCUAACCUGCAUCCUAUGAUAGCUGGUUAUUCUUGCCUAGGCAAAUGCUUUCAAUAUGACCAUCUAUGCGAGUCCUUCAAUGCAGCAUCUUUAACGCCAGAACCUAAAGAUCCAAAAGCAGCAGCCAGGCACAAUAUGAAUUGUGUCAAUCCCUUCAGUCUCUAUCUUCCGCGAUGUGUGUGCGAGCAUCCAAUAAUAUGGCCUGAGGUGAUUGUCAUGCUUGUUGGGGCUAUUAUUUUCUGGAUUUUAAUAAUGUUCCUGGAGUACGGCAGCUGUUUGUGGUACAGAUGCAAAGGCUGUUGCACUCGGAAGUCGAAUAAUUUAAGUGACGAUUCCAAAGUUGCUAGGGAGGCUGAAAAAAUAAAGAUUAUGGAUGCUGAGCAAAUAGAAAGUAGAGCACUCGUUGUAAGUGAGGUAUCAAAAAAAUAUUGCUGCGGUCCUCUAGCCGUCAAUAAUAUUUCCUUUGCUGUUAAACCUUACUAUUGUGUGGGGUUACUCGGGCCGAAUGGAGCCGGAAAGACCAGUACGUUUAAAAUGAUUGUAGGCGAACAUUCGAUAGACAGAGGUAAUAUAUAUAUCUCGGGCUAUAGCAUGAAAAUGAAGCGUAAUAAGGCGAUGAAGGAACUCGGCUACUGUCCUCAGUUUGACUCGUCCUUUGAAUUUCUCACUGGUCGCCAGUUGUUGAAAUUCUAUCUUCUGUUGCGAGGCACUGAAACCAAGAAGUUGAAGGAAAGAUCGGAGCAAUUGGCCUAUCAAUUCGGAUUUUCCAAGCACUUGGAUAAGAAGAUUAAGUACUACAGUGGUGGAACCAAGCGGAAAAUCAACGCCGCGGUUGCCUGUAGGGCAAAAUCACUCAUUUGUUUGGACGAGCCCAGUGCCGGAGUGGAUCCUGCCUCACGACGUCAUGUUUGGACCAUCAUCAACGAGACGGCCAACAAGGGUAAGGCCGUGUUGCUCACCUCCCACAACAUGGACGAGAUAAAUGCCCUAUGCACGAAAAGCGUUAUCCUGGUGGAUGGCAGUAUCUACGCCAUGGGAUCGACCCAGCACGUUAAAAACAAAAUUGCCAAGGGAAUGCUUCUCAAGCUAAUUGUAAAUGAAGAGACCGAGGCAAUGGCACAAGCACUCGCAAAGAUUGAGGAUGAUAUAAGGAUAGCCUACCCCAACGCAAGAACUAAAGAAAAGUAUGAGUUUAGUGGCAGACUUACAUUCCAAAUACCCGAAGAAGACAGCAGCUGGUCGCAGAUUUUUAAUUAUGUCGAAAGCAAUCGCAAUGCCUGGCAGCUGGCAGACUAUUCAAUAACGCAGCCAACUUUGGAAGAUGUCUUUGAGGAGAUUGCCGAAGAGAGGAAAGAAAGGAAAAGAGGCUUUAGAUAGGUGCUAGAGGUAGCGAAGGUAGCCUGAUGUGGAAAUCAAGCCCACAAUAAAACCCAACAUACUUCAAACCCAUUUGACUUGGGUACUUUGGGUUUGCCAGUAGAUGGGUAACAUUUUACCCCAACUUCAAUUACUCAGUUCAGUUGGGCUCUAAGUGACUAAGUUGCCAAUAAUAAUAUUUAAUUUAUUUGUAUGUACUAUUAUAAUAAAUUAU